UGAGCCUUUCGGGGUGCUGCGUGAAUCUGGGUCUUUCUCCGUAGGUGUAGCCACCUCCCACCUGUGGUACAUCAAGAUGGCGGAUGGACCUCAGCUCUAUUUGCUGUGGGUGGCCACAACUGAAGCCAGCGGAUCGGAGGAUGCUUCUACCGCAAGGGACGAGGACGGCCGAGAGCGCGGGACCGUCAGCUUGCUGUCUAACCUGCAGCGCAACAGCCCUGGCGCAGGUUUGCCGCCCUGGGUGGUCCAAUGCAAGACCUUCUCGGUCAAGCUUGAGGGCAAGAAGCAGUGCGUCGCCAUCGGACGGGGAGCAGACAACGACAUCAUGUCAGUGACGUGCACACACAUAACAGCAACAACAGGGAACAAGAUAGAUAGAUACACAUACAAGCUUGUGGAUCUCUUAUCUUUGUAUGUGUGUGUGUGUGUGGUAUUGGUUGGUGUUCGUUCAUUCAGCAUCAAGAAGCACCAGGUGAGUACGAAGCACUGCGAGCUGCGGUGGCGGCGGCCCUCCUCUGCCACUGGGCAGUGGCAGUACACCCUCAAGGACGACAGCAUGAACGGCAGCACCAUCAACCUCAACACGGUGGUGUCCAAGAGGACCGAUGACAUCAAUCUUGGCGACUUUUUCGUCCUCUCAACGCCAAAACACUCUGGCCGUAAGUUAGUUAGCGAGCCACGCACUCAGCACAGGCAGGCCGUGCCGUGCUUAAGGAUACCUGCCUGCCUGCCUGCCUAUGAGUGUGUUUCCUUCGUUUAUGUAUUCGUUUCUGCAUGUAGGUGCGGUAUCGUCGUUUUUCCUGCUGUCGAAUCGUCCUGACCCCCACCUCCCCCACCUGUCAGCCAUCACACAGCCCGCCCCGGCCACGUCGAGCAACGACAACGAGCCCACACCGCCGCAGCAGGCGCCAGAGGUGGCCGCCCCUCCCCCUCCCAUCCCCCCCGCGCCACGCGUCAUGCACAGUCCCCCACCACCACCACAUGCCAACCACAGCAACAACCACAGCAACAUUACCAACGGACACAGCAACGGUCGCCCUCACACCACCACCACCAGCCCGGUUCGCCCCGCGGCUGCUGCGAUAGAUGUGGAGCGGUCGAGGGAGAACACGGCAGCAGUGCGUGUGAAGCGGGAGGGCGGUGACCGUGGGGGUGCGCCGGUGAGCCCACCUCCUCCCGCUGGGGGCAGCCGAGGGGUUCAUGUGGGCGGUGGGGAGGGGAGUGGGGAGAAUGGGGGCACCGGUAGAUUCAGUGCGAUGAGGAACUACCUCCACCCAGACAUGUAUGCGGAGAUAGAGGGGCUCGAGAAGGUCAGGCAGUCAGGCAGUGAGUGACAAGGAAGGACACUCACUCCUCCACACGAUAGGCAGGCAGGCAUCUGAUAUUCUCCUUGGCGUCUUUCCUACUUCUCUCAGCGUGCGGCAGCCUCCGACCAGCGCGUGGCAGCUUUGGGGAACCAGGUGUCUGAGUUGGAGUUGCAGCUGCAGAAGCAGCGGGCUGACAAGGACGCAACGCUGGCGUCCCUUGAACAGCAGCUGCAGUCGGAGGUCGCGGGCCGGGAGGAGGUGGAGCGUCGGCUGCAGGCGUCGGCGCGGCAGGUGGAGGACCUGAAGGCCAAGCUGACCGAGAAGGACAACCAGCUCAAAGAGCGGCUCGAGUACGAUGGACAGGUCACACAGCUGCAGGUGAGUCCGGGAGGGAGGGAGGGAGUGGGUACUGCACUGCACACAUCUGUCUGUGUACAUUUCUCUGUGUGGUGCGCUGGUGUGUCGUUGGUGUGCCUGUAGGACGAUAUGGCGGUUCGUGACAAACAGAUCGAGUCGCUGCAGCAGCAAGUGCAGCAGACACACAAGUACAACUAACUGCAAUGGACCGCGCACAAGCAAACAAGGCAAACACCUCGUGUGUGUGUCGGUUUGCAGUGACAAGAACCGUCUGGAGGCCGACCUACAGAGCAAGAAUGAAGAGAUCAGCUCCCUCGAAGGUCGCCGACACAUCAACCCACCCCACCAACACAGCACAGCGCCUGCGUGUGUGUCUAUCCCUCUGUAUGUGUGUGUGUGUGUGUGUGUGCAGUGCGUCUGCAGCGCCAGAAUGAGCGAGAGGAGUCCUACAAGAAGCGGAUCGCAGAGCUAGAGAAGGAGAAACAAGGCAAGAGCCGCCAGCAGUAUCACACACAAGCAAUACGCCACUCACCGUCACCCCUGUGUGUGUGUGUGCGUAUGCAGAGGUGUGUGAGCGUCUUGAGAAGGUACGUGCGGAGCUUGACGAGGAGAGGGACCGGGCCGCCGCCAUCAGAAAGAGCCUCGACAAACUUCAGGGUGGGUGGGUGCGUGAGGCAGGCUGGGCACACAAACUUAACACACACACAUACGUGGAUGCGUGUGUGUGUGUGUGUGUGUUUAGAUGAGUACAAGGCUUUGUGUGACAAGAACAACGACCACUGCAGCAUGCUCGACGACCUCAAAAAGACCAAAGUACACUUCCCAAGACCACACACCACACAAGCCAAUGUGUGUGGUGUUGAUCCAUCCAUCCAUCCAUGCAUCAGAGUGAUUUGGAGCGGGCCAUCGUUCAGCGGGACGACAGAGUGGCCGAGCUGGAGUUCACCAUCAGACAGCACGAGAGAACCAUCUCAGAAUUGGAACAGGUCAGAACCCCGCAACGGACACACCCCACCACACACACAUGGAGAAUGCCCUUCUCUUCUGCAUGUGUGUAUGAGUGCAGAGGUGGCGUGUGUCCGAGUACGCCCAGGAGACCGUCGGCACCUCACUGGGUGCCAUCCUGAGCGCCCUCCAGGGAGAGCUCCUGCCCAUCCUCAACUCACGCGACAAACAGCUCAAGGUAACAAGGGCGGGGUGGGCCGGGGUGGGGUGGGACACACCACCCACUACAACAGCCAUCACACACACAUUCUCUCCCCUGUUACCUUACUCGCUCAGCUAUAUCAGGAGGGUCAUCGCAUCAACGGCCCCUUCUUUGACGUCUGCAUCCCACCCGCAGCUAACCGCCCGCCCUCGCCUCACUUCAAACAGGACCUGACGGCCGCACCUGCUGCUGCAGCUGCUGCUGCUGGUGGGUAUGGCGGCGAGCAUUGCCACGACCACAGCCAGAAGCGGCCCCUACAGAUGGUCAGCAGAAGGAGAAGUGUGGGCGGGACGUGGCUGUCGACAUACAGAUGGGAUUUGACGGUUGUGUGUGCAGACUUUAGAGUCCCAGAGUCCCCUCACCCUCAACAGCCAGCCGGCCAAGGGUGACGCCACCCACCCCGCUGCUGCGGCACCAGCAGCAGCUGCCGCUGCUGCUGCCGCUGGGAGUGCUCUGCCCCCCGACCCCCCCCAUUGGCAUGAUCACACAGACAACGCCAGCCACACCAAGCGCAAGCGAGACACCGAGCAGGACCACCCCCUCACCGGCACAGCGCCAGCGCUCACCGGGAGCGUCCGCCGCGACCAAGACCCCCACGAGGGAGGGGGCGAGGGGGAGGGCGACGGCGAGGGGGAGGGAGAUGCCAAAGACGAUGGGCAUGGCGCCGAUCAGGCCGGCAACCCCACCAAGCGGAUGCGAGUCGACGGUGGCGAUGGGGAUGACGUUGACAUGGACGAUGCGGACCCUCAGCCGCAGCAGCAGCAGCAGGAAGAGAUAGAGGUCGACCAAGAGCAGCACAAGGAGCCCAGCCAGCCGUCCCCUCCCGCCGCAGCGCCAGGAGAGGACCUCUACGCCGGAUCCCCCACCAUGCGGCCUCUCCCUGCGGCCGUCUUCACCACAGCGGCCGACCUGCUCCGCGGCGCUCACCACAACCAAGACAACCAGCAGCAGCAUCAGGGGGCCAUCAUGUCCUCGCAGCAGCUCGACCAGGCGGUGGCGGAUGCGUCAUCGAGCCAGGACAGCCAACAGCACCAGCAGCAACAACAGCAGGAGGAGGAGGACCAGCCCCAGCCCCAGCCCCAGCCCUGCGCACGCUCCCUCUCCCCCCUGCUCUCCCACUGCCCCAGGCCCCGAGCUGCCAAACCGAAAAGGUCGACCAUGCCGGCAGCCGAGCCGCAGCCGACCGCCGGGACCAAGGCUAUCCAUUUUGACUUCCGCCGCAUCACCUCAGGGGGGGCCGCUGCGGCUGAUGGAGGGGGGGACGGGGGAGCUCAGGACGAUGGCGUCGAAGAGGAUGACAUCCAGGAGCCCGAGAGCAACCAUGGAGACAAGCAGGGUGUGCAGCGGCAUGGCACGGCCGGCAAUGAGGAGGGGGGUGCCAUGGACGGGCAGAUAGGCACUAGUGUUGGUGCUGGUGGUGGUGGUGUCGGUCAGGCUGAGGGCGAGAGGGGUGGGGGCGAGGCUGCAAGUAGUGGGAAAGACGAGCUCCUUGACAUGUAGUGAGUCUGAGAACCUGCCAUAGACACAAUUCGCGGACCUGCGCGUGUCUGUGUGGUGCAAAG